AUGAUCUGCUCGCCCCGGUCCAAUAAACCCGGUUCAAACUGGCUCGACCGUCUCCGGUCCAAUAAAGGUAUCCCAACGGAUGAUAACCUCGACCUCGACACUUUCAUUCUUAAUCUCGCCACCCAUUCUCCUCAACCCCGCCCCAUUAAACCGCUCCGCCACCGUCCACCAAUAACCCACGACGAUCCACCGUUAACCACCGUCCUCGCUCAUCUCUUCAAUCCCGGCGCCGCCACCAUCACCUCAAAGAAAUGUCCCAGGAAACAAACAAACCCUAAAAUUUUCAUCCCUUCUUCCACAAUUAUCUCCACCACCACUGCCAAUGCUCCCGCCGCCACCGGCGUCGAUGCAGCGGUGGAUGUAGAAAAUCGAGGUGUAGAAGGUGAAGACGGUGAGGAAGAUUUCAAGGGUUUCACGAAAAGUGAGGUUACUGUGAUAGACACGAGUUGUCCAGUGUGGAAAGUUGAUAAGUUUGUGUUCAGAAGGAAUAAUGUUUGGAAAAUCAGAGAGAGGAAACAAAAGAACAAGUUUGUAGCGAAGAAGAAGAGUAAAUCGACCCAUGAGCUUGACAUUCAUGGAAUUGGGUCCUCCAAGGAUAAUACAAUCAACACAGGAGGAGAGAAGCCUGUAAAGAAACUGAAGGUGAUCUAAUACCUCAUCCCAAAAAGAGGGCUUACACAUCAUGAAAGGAAAACAAAUCUGUGAUUUUAAUAAAAGCAGCUGCUUAGUAAAAGAGUAUAGGAACAAGAACAUAGUCUAACAAAAGCCAAGAUAACCAGACAAUAGUUCAAGUCUAACAGGUCAUUUUGCCUGAGAUUUUAAGUUGGUUGCAGCAAGCAAUGAUGCAGGCUUCGCGUUGGUACUACUUGAAAAGAGCUUGGUUUAAGUUUUGUUUAGAGUUCUACAAUUGCAAUUACAGUGUCAAUAAACUUACCUCUGUAAAUGUCUCUUCCAUUCUCCAUAACUUGCAACAUUCUUUCCCCAGUAUAUUUUGCAGCUGUUGCUUUUAUGUUGUCAUUUGUUACUAGGAUCUAUUUUCAUGUCAUGUGAGGUGGAUGAUCAUAUUUUGGGAUAAUUCCCAUUGACAGUGAAUUGGCUUCAAGUUCAGCUUAGCUAUUAAGAAUGGGUUUGCGGCCAACCUUUCCAA